CUGGAUGAUAAUCAUUGGGCAAGUUUGGGAAAUACUGAUUUAAGUACCACACUUCCUAUUAUACUUCAUUGAUGUAUAAUGUGAUGGCAUAAAAUCAGAAGAAAUUGAACAUAUGACUGAGUAAUGUGAACCUGGAGAAAAUUCCUUUGACCUUCGGUUAGUUGUUGAAACAUAUUCCAUGAGCAUUGGGACCUGAUGAGUGAAAGAAAUUAUUGUUUAAGGUAAUAUGUUUAAUAUAGCAGAGUCACUAUAUGUUGUUUAACUGGACAAACAAAACCAGAAACUUGUAUUGGAUUUAUUUUCUAGAGGAUUUUUCAGAGGAAAUUUUGACUUAAAGUUCUUGUUUCCUCUGUUAAGCUUUUCAGUAGUUAACUUUGCUAUUUUACAGAUAUAACUAUGGUUUUGUAACUUUUUAAAAUUCAUUCUUUGAAUACCUACGUAUUUAUGCUUGGAAAAUUAGAGAUGGCUUUCUGAAGGGCUGAUUUAUAUUAAGAUUUUGUGACUUGGCUUUGGUAGAAAAUCUUCUAGGAUUAAGGGAGUUGGAAGAGAAAAUUAAACAGUUCAUUGUUUGUUGGAGCCAUUUGAAAGGCCUGACAUUUGUGAGAGGGGGCAUCUUUUUCUUUGAGAUUGAAUGCAAUUUAACUCAGUCACACAAGAUGUUUCCCUUUGGUGCCUUCUUCCUGCUUCUGCUGAGAGCUUGAGAGAUGGGCAUAGUCCCUCGUAGCUAUGGCUGCAGCUCCAUCUGCCAGCAUUAGAAUGGCUGCAGAAACUGAAAGCCCUUGAAAAGAACGUGUAUCACUUUGCAGUAGUAGUUCUGGGAGGACAUGUAUGCUCAGGAUUCUAUAGAGCUACUAACAACAUCAGGUAUCCAGUUUAAAAAACAUGAAGAGGAAGGAAUUGAGACCCAAUACUUUGCAGAACUUCUUAUGACUUCAGGAGUGGUCCUCUGUGAAGGGGUCAAAUGGUUAUCAUUUCAUAGCGGUUAUGACUUUGGCUAUUUAAUCAAAAUCCUGACCAACUCUAACUUGCCUGAAGAAGAACUUGACUUCUUUGAGAUCCUUCGAUUGUUUUUUCCUGUCAUUUAUGAUGUGAAAUACCUCAUGAAGAGCUGCAAAAAUCUCAAAGGUGGAUUACAGGAAGUUGCUGAACAGUUGGAGCUGGAAAGGAUAGGACCACAACAUCAGGCAGGAUCUGAUUCAUUACUUACAGGAAUGGCCUUUUUCAAAAUGAGAGAAAUGUUCUUUGAAGAUCACAUUGAUGAUGCCAAAUAUUGUGGUCAUUUGUAUGGCCUUGGUUCUGGUUCAUCCUAUGUACAGAAUGGCACAGGGAAUGCAUAUGAAGAGGAAGCCAACAAGCAGUCAUGACAUGAAAUAGUUCUUUUAUUUUUAUUUUAUUUGAGCUACAUACAUGCUUGUAUAUAGGUUUUAUCUCUGGUUGAAUUCCUUAACGAUAUACAAUAUCUUUUCUCCCCCUUUCAUAGCACAUUUUAUUUUCUGCCUUUCAGUACGAAGUAUGACUGAUUCUAUCUCAGAACUUAAUGAAUAGAAGUACAUUCAGGUUAAAUUUGGCCUUAAUUUAAUAUAUGUGUUAGAAAGUAUGUGUGACAGCGUGGGGAAAUCAUCAUACUAAAUAAUUUGAUAAACUGCCUACUUGAGCUUGUCCCCUUCCCCCAUUCCUAAAUUAAUUAGUAUCGCCUGUAAUUUAUUUCCCUGUUUCAUGUCUUUCCCUUCCAUUCUGCAGGAGUUUUUAAGUAUUUGAAAGUAUGGACCAUCAAUUUUGCACUUUAGAGAGUGAUUCCAAUCCUCUGUUUUAUCAGAAAUUGUGGUUUUUCUUGCUCUUAGCUGGGAAAAUGACCAUCUGCCAAUUUUAUACAGUAUUUGCUUGUUUUUGACCUACAGAAUAUAGCACUUGUAUUGUGCAAACGGUUGAUUCAGGAAGAUUAACAACAACCAAAAGACAAGGAACUACUGAGGAGCUUAGUGACUACUGUCUAUGUAUGUAGUGUUUAAUCUUCCAAGCACAUCUCAUGUCUGUCAUUUCUAAUUGGCAUGUGUAGGCUGCUUUGUGACUGAAGAACUUUCAAACCAGCUUUACACCCUUCAGGAAAAGGCCCUUGUGAUUGGACAUUUAGUAUCUACCAGGAAACUGGCAUUCAAGAUGUUGAAGCUACAGUUAUUUUAUGAUACUACAUUUCCUUUAUUCGGUUUCUUUAUUCUAUAACUGCUUACCUUCAUUAUCUUUUUUUAUUUUAUAGCCAUACUUAUGAUGUUCUUGAUUUGUUGAUUAUACAAAUCAAUUUCAUUGAAGUCCAAAGAUAACAAGUUUUUAGGUAUAUUUUAUAUCAAAUUUAUCAAAUUAAGAGUCAAAAUUUGUGCUUUCAUAGCUACAAAAAUAAUGGAGAGAUUUGGUGCAAAACAACAAAAUACAAUAUAUAUAUAUACAUACACUUAUAUAGCUAAUAGUUACCUGAGGAGUGUAAUGCUUGUUUAUUUUUUUGUGUAUAUCUUUACAAUCUAUUUUAUAUAUAUUGACAAGAGACUGUGAAAUAUUUAGCCAGGCAGAAUAUGUGACCAGGCCAGAGCAUGUGUAGGAAGACUUUAUGAUAAUCAUUAAGUCUACCUUGAAGUGAUGGACUACAAGUCAUAAUGUGUUAUCUACACUUCAAUCAGUAAUAUUAGUAAUAUUAGCAAAUCUCCAGAUGUUAGCAAGAUUAGUUUGUUUCCCUUGUACAUUCUUUAUUAUAUUCAUGAUAUUACAAUGCUGUACUGGGUGGUCCUUUUUAAACAGAACAUUAUUUGAAAAAACAGAGGGUAUUUGUUUUUAAAGCUUUUGUAAAUAAAGGCUUCAGAAAUGUUUUCUUA